UGGAGUUUAUCUAGAGAGUUCAUAAGCGUGUUUUAUGGGAAUCGGUCUGUAGGUGUCGCAAUUUAGCAUUGGUGUGAAAAAGCGGCCAUCUUGUUUCAGCCAUCCAUUCAUUUCCUAUGCAUGGAAGAGUCUCGCAAUGCCUUCUCCGAAGAAAUCGAAAGAUUUAACCUUACGAAUGCAGUGUUCUGCAAUUAACUGCACGAACUACUACUCAACUGGCGAUCUAUCUUUCCAUCGGUUCCCAAAAGACCCACAAAGGUGUGCGAAGUGGGUCCAGAAUCUGCGCAAUGCAUCCCUACGCAGGAUUACGCCUGAACGGUUGAAUAAGAACUACCGUGUGUGCAGUGCCCACUUUGAUGAUAGCCAAAUUAGAUGGCGAUACAAUGUACGUCUUGGGCUGACAUCUGACGCUGUGCCCACAAUUGUCAAUGCCCCAAACCCACCUCCACCUCUGGGAAAGCGUAAACCCCCAAAGGAACGCCACGAGUUACCAACUAAGCGAAGGAAGACAGCUCUCUGUCCUCCAUCUGAGGAGUCCACUGGGGAUCAGACUGGCGACUCUCCUACCGCCGAAGACUCCACACUCCCCACCUUCGAAGACUCCACACUCUCUCCUUCCUGUGAAGACGAUGAGGAUGUGAACCGCCUACACAUGAACCUCAAGACUCAUAAACUCCACCCUCUAUGUUCAUAG